CCACAAACCAAGCUUUACACUUCGUUCCUAUAUUCCUAGGUCCAUGAUUUACCUAGACUAGAUUAUCGCCAUUUUUAAUAAAAAUUUGUUUUAAGGGUAAUUGACAUUUAUUAACCCCGUUUUAAUUAAUAUUACUACUUGCUGAGAAGAAUAUUAUGUUCCAAGCGAUAAAUUGAAAAAUGGGCGAAGAUUAUAAUGGAGCGUGAAUUAAAUAGCAUUUGAACAUUUAUCGGAAGGUCUUUUCAUUUUAUCGAUAACCUGAAAAAUAAGCAUCUACGAAGAUUGUUCUUAUGGAUCGAGAUCGUCAGGACCGUGACAAAGAUAGGGACAGGGACAGGGACCGUGACAGAAGACAUAGGUCUCGUAGCAGAGAUCGCAGGAAACGUUCACGAUCACGUUCCAAAGAUCGAAGAGAUAGAAAGAGAAGUAGUUCGCCUAAAAAGAGUCGCAGCUCUAGAAGAAGGAAACCUUCUCUUUACUGGGAUGUUCCACCACCAGGAUUUGAACACAUUACACCUUUGCAGUAUAAAGCUAUGCAAGCUGCAGGACAGAUACCUGCAAAUAUUGUAGCAGACACACCACAAGCAGCUGUGCCAGUAGUUGGUAGUACAAUAACUCGACAAGCAAGAAGACUUUACGUAGGAAACAUUCCAUUUGGUGUGACUGAAGAAGAAAUGAUGGAAUUCUUUAAUCAACAAAUGCACUUAUCUGGUCUUGCCCAAGCUGCUGGAAAUCCGGUAUUGGCAUGCCAAAUUAAUCUGGAUAAAAAUUUUGCAUUCUUAGAGUUCCGUUCCAUAGACGAGACAACGCAAGCUAUGGCAUUUGAUGGCAUCAACUUCAAAGGCCAAAGUUUAAAAAUAAGAAGACCACAUGAUUAUCAGCCUAUGCCAGGAAUGACUGAUAAUCCAAGUAUGAACGUGCCAGGUACGGUUCCUGAUUCUCCACACAAGAUUUUCAUUGGUGGUUUACCCAAUUAUUUGAACGAAGAACAGGUGAAAGAAUUACUGAUGAGUUUUGGACAACUAAGAGCAUUCAAUCUAGUAAAGGAUUCAGCUACAGGUCUAUCCAAAGGUUACGCAUUUUGCGAGUAUGUUGACGUGUCAAUGACUGAUCAAGCAAUUGCUGGAUUAAACGGAAUGCAGCUGGGAGACAAGAAGCUAAUUGUACAACGAGCUAGUGUGGGAGCCAAGAAUCCUAUGAUCGGCGCACAAGCUCCAGUUCAAAUUCAGGUGCCUGGAUUGUCUAUGGUAGGCACAAGUGGACCAGCAACUGAGGUUCUCUGCUUGUUGAACAUGGUAACUCCUGAGGAAUUAAUGGAAGAAGAGGAAUACGAAGACAUCUUAGAAGAUAUUAAAGAGGAAUGUAAUAAAUAUGGUGUGGUUCGAUCUGUGGAAAUACCAAGACCUAUAGAAGGUGUUGAUGUACCUGGGUGUGGAAAAGUAUUUGUUGAGUUUAAUAGCGUAAUUGACUGCCAAAAAGCGCAGCAGACACUUACAGGACGUAAAUUUAAUAACCGUGUUGUUGUGACAUCAUACUUCGAUCCUGACAAGUAUCAUCGCAGGGAAUUCUAAGAUGUAGAUUUUUUCAUGCCAAUUAAUUAUUGACUCCAGUGUAUAAUAUAUAUAUUGAACGAAUAAUCUAACCUGCUCGGAAAUUAAUAAAUUUUUUCUCAUCAGAUUGUACAUUAAGAAAUGUAAUUGAUUUGCACUCGUACUGUGCAUUAAAGCGUAGUUGUUGUAAUUUAUGUAUCUUUCAAUGAUGUAACCAUUAUAUGAG